AUGUUCCCCGUACGGGUGGCGGUGGAAACAGUUCGGGCGCAGCAUUGUCUUUCAUGCGCUCAUGACGGUCAUAUACUGGUUGACACCUAUGCUAUUGUAUCUGGAACUACAGUAUUGAGUCAACUAGUUGAGACGGUUCUGUCAGCUCUUGGACAUCCACAACUCGCUCUCAAUGCUCGAGGUCUGGUACAAGUAAACAACUGGAAAGCGCUUCCAUUUGAGCAGAUCACCGACAAUCCGGAUGAGACUGUCCAUUCGCUGUUCAAAGACAUUUCCGGCCAUAUUACGCUGCGGAUACUCACAAAACCUAUCUCAUCCGAUUCGGCCAGCACACAAUGUAUAACGGAUCUCAAGCAGCGACUUCUAAAGACGGCUGUCUCGAAGAAUCCGCAGAUUCUGAACAGUGUGGAUAAUCAGCAGAUAAAGGAGCUUAUCAAUCAAGUAAUUGCCGGCGACGAUCCGGCUAUCUUGAACCACGAGCAGAUAAACUCAAUCAACGAAUGGUUGGAAACACUCGAUCAAGGCGAUGAACGACGAAGUCCGAUCGCACAAACUCGUUUCAAUCAGCUGUUCGAGGUGCCGAAGUUGGAAAAAUGGUUCAAGACUGAUUCGAGUCCAAGCCGUCAAAAGCUUCUCAACUAUAUGAAUAUCCUCAAUGGAAGCAGUUAUCGUCGAAAUCACCAGAAAAUCAGUUAUCAGCAGAUCUGUAACUGGUUUGCUAACCAACGAGCAUCGUCACGUCGACCAGCGUUAGCCGCCGCUCAUACACAGGUUAAUCAGCAGGUGGGUGAGGUACCCAGCAUUCCGACGAUGUUGCCCGAUUUUCGGCCCAAGUUCGAUUUCAACAACAUUAUCGAAAGCUGCCAGAAAAGCAGUAAUGGAGACGAAAGUCGCAUCGAUGGUGGUUCGGAUUCGCCGACACCGAAUGACGAUGAACUGCACAGUAAUAGUGACGGAGCGGAAAUGUCCACAUUCCCUCACAUAAAGCAGGUCGGUGAGGAAUCAACCGCCUCUUCACCGGACUUGUCCGUGAUAAAUUCCAUCGCUAGCUCAUCUCCGAAACAUAUUCCAAAUGAUCUCUCCAUGGGAAACAAUUUAAGUGGAAUGGGAAUUGGAUCUCAAGCAGCCCGUUCACGACUGAUGUUUGAUCCAUUGACGGAGUUGCCGAUUCUAGAAAAAUGGUUCGAAGAGAAUCCACAUCCGACGUGGAUGCAAAUCGAUCAAUAUACACAAAUGUUGAAUGGAUGUCCGUACAGAGAGAACUAUCCACAUAUCAGUCAGCAUAAUGUCAAGAUUUGGUUCAAAAAUCGCCGCGCCAAAUGCAAACGUAUGCAGACCGGCAUGGUUGAAAAGCUGGAGAAAUUAUUUGCGUGA